GCGUGGCGAGUCAAGCGUCACCCUCUGACAACCUUUGCGAACAACCAUUUUUACGGACACACAUUCCCGGCAACAAUGGUCCACCCUCGGUCUUGCCCUCAUUGCCCCCAUACAAUGCCCAUUGAAUUCAUUUCUCCUUCCUUGCUUUCCUUACCCACUGGUUUUCAUUUCUCCACAACCUGGGCCAACGUGGAACCUGUUUCCUCCAACCCAUUGCAUUUGCUCCCUUCUGAUUAUCUCAUCUCUCUCUAUCUCUCCCUUUUUACGUUGUUCUGAAUUGCAUAUUUGUAUCUGGGGGUUGUGCUUUUCUGGGUUCCAGCGUUUGGGUAUUAUCAGAAUGAAUGAAAUGGCGUUGUAUCACGUUUAGACAGAAAUCAGUCUUGUUGUUGUUGUCAGAUGCUAUAGGAAAGAUUCUGUGGUAUUGCUAGAAUGGCUGUCAGCUUCAGAUAUUGGGAUGAUUGCAGUGACCCCUCUGACAUGGAAGAAAUGUGGAGAAUUCCUGAAGUGAGCACUGAAUGGUUAGAUGCUGGGGAGUCUAGAGGACAGAGAGUUCACCUAUCACGAGAUCCAGAUGGACAGCCUUAUUUGACACAGACUGAGAUGAAGGCUGUGGCUGAGAUUGUUGUCAGAAGGCAUUUUGCUUCACGGAUAGAUCUUCAGGACAUGAUAUGUACUAUUGCUGAACUUGAAAGUGACAGACAGCCCCUUGCUACGUCGUGUAACCAAAAAACUAAGGAGACUACUGUUGGGAUCAUGCAACUGUCACCAGAAACGGCUGAGUGGCUGGUCAGUGAGUUGGGUUACAGGUCAUACGAAGUGGAAGGGAAUCCAGAUCUUCUGUACUGGCCUUUUGUGAGCAUAUAUCUUGGUGCUGCUUACAUUAAUUGGUUAUCAAAUUUUGACCAAAAAGAAAGAAGUGAAGAGUUCGUAGUUAGGGCAUAUACAGGUGGUCCAAAAAAGGCAACUCAUAAAUCAACUUUGCCAUAUUGGAAACGUUAUCUUUCAGUCAAAGAAAGUUUGCCAUCCAGAAAAUUAUUUGAUGAAGGUCGAUUGAAUGAUGCUUUGGUUUGUGCUACAUCUCCUCCACCUGCUAUGCAAACCUCAGAGAAAGCAGGUGUUCUUUACUCAUAUUGGGACUCCAGAGCUUCUCCAGAAGACAUGGAAGAAUUGUGGAAUCAUCCUGAGGUCCUUAAAGAGUGGACUAAAUCUGGAGAGAGACGGGGACAAGUGCGCUUUUCCCAUGAUGACAAGAAGAGACCCUAUCUUUCCCGGGUGGAACUGAAGGCAGUUGCAGAAAUCAUUUUGUCAAGACACUUCAGCACAAAAGCAGUUAAACCUACAGUUCUUUGUGCCCUUGCAGAGGUUGUUAGCCUGCGUUUCGUCAAUGGAGUUGGACCACGUCCUGGAAUAAUGGGAAUUGACUAUUCAGCAGCUUUCUGGCUUUACACGGAGUUAGGCUACAGGGCUUAUAGAAUUGACUCUGUUGAUGAUGUAACCAAGCCAUUUGUGUCCAUGUACUUCGGUGCGGCCUAUUUGGUAUGGUUAUCAGAAUAUGAAGGGAGGGAAAGAACUCCUCAGUUUGUUGUUCAGGCUUAUAUUGCAGGGCCAAAGAAUGUGAAUCUUCAGGAAACAGGCCCACUUAGGCUUAAAUUUGAGCAAGCAUUUGGCAACUAUGAAGACACAAAGAGGGAGGAAGGGGGCUGCACCAUCUUGUAAGCUGCCAAACUUCACCUUACAUAUUUCACAAGAUCUACUGGGGUCUGUCCCUCAAGUUGCAUCAGAUUAUAUUGACUGAAAUCAUUGUACAAAAGCCAAAUAAGAUGGAAGUGAAUAUCUCUGGCAGCUUUUUUUCUGGGAGAAGUACAGGGGGAAAGAAAAACAAAAAACCUCUUUUGAUUGGAUACUUUUUAAAUUUUAACCAUUUUACUUGAUAGUGAUGUUCAUGUUUCAUUUGCCAUAUGGCGAACUGCAGUCACUCUUUGGUCUAAUUUUUCAUACAUAGAUCUCUUCAAUGUGAAUAGGACUGUCGAUGGAUUCGGUUUUGAAUGGAAAAUGUGUUCUACUCAAACUUGAGCCUCUAUUAAUUUAGAGA